AGGGCCAUACGCCUGUGUCUGAAGCGAACGCUCAUCCGAAGUGCAUUAAAUAAUUUUAUAUGCAAUAAUUAUAAUUAUGGAAUUGUGAUGGAUGAAAGGAAUCCGGAAUUCAUCAGGAAAAUGACGUGGCUUCCAUUUUUAAGACAAUUUUACAUUUGUUCCGGAGAAACAAUUUUACAUUUUUGCUAUGGCCUUUAUUUUGGAUCCCCGACUGUUUUCAUUCCACAAAUACGAAAGGAGGCCAAUACAACCGACAUUAUUAGCUUAGAAAUGGAAUCUUGGUUAUCUUCAUCUCUGACAUCCUAUGCUGGUGUACCAUGGACAAUAAUAUUACCAAUAAUGGCUUUUUAUUAUGGCAGACGCGCACCUGCGAUAUUUUUAUGGAUUUUAGUAUUGAUUAGUACAAUGAUACUUUUCUACAGCACAACUAUUACCGAAAUCAUCAUUUGCCAAUUGAUUAUUGGUGUUCUUCCAGGAGCAAUUGUGACAGUAUCAAUUAUGAUAUAUACGGAAUACACAUCGCCUAAAUACAGGGGAGUGUUUCUAACAGUUAAAGCUGCCACUUUCUUCUGGGGCAUUUGGUUUGCAAAUGUAAUUGGUGCAUUUUUUUAUUGGAAGAAUAUUGCCAUCGUUAUGUUCGUAUGUUGUGCCUUAAGUUCAACUAUUUUCUUUUGGCCUGAAUCUCCAAUGUGGCUUGCUAGUAAAGGAAGAUUCGAUGAAUGUGCUCUUGUCCAUCGCUGGCUCAAUGGACACGACCCUGGUUCUGAAAAGGAGUUGUCUUCUCUAAUAAAACUACAUAAAGCCAAACUUUCGAACGUCAAUGAAAAGAAAAGCAUAAAGAAUGAAUUUAAGAAAUAUAUGGAAGCGAUAAAAAUGAAGACUUUUUACAAACCUAUUCUAUUAUCCGUUCUGACAGGGCUUCUUUAUAUUUGUUCGGGUAAAUUAGCAUGUUCUGCAUAUGCAAUUACAAUAAUUAAGAAAAUAACAACAUCCGAAGAAGCUGCAUAUAACGGAAUGUUAAUUUUAGAUGGAUUUACUAUUUUGGGGAUGUACGUCGGAUGUGUUCUUUCAAAAUAUUUUAAGCGAAGAGCAUUACUUCUAUACACAAGUCUAUUCGAGAUUUUAUUUUUAUUGAUAUUAUCACUGUAUUUGUACCUAAUAAAAUUGUCAGUUAUAACUGAAAAUCAAUACUUUACUAUAGUAUUGCUAACGAUAUUUUCAACCGCAGUUAGUUGUGGUCCAAUUAUAUUAGGCCCUUGUAUUUGUGGUGAAUUAGCACCAGUUAAAUACAGAAGCCUUUAUUUUUCACUGGGAGCGAUUGUUAUGUCCAUUUUAAUUGCAACUUCAAUAAAAAUUACUCCGUUUUUAUUCGAUAAUUUAGGAAUGCACAUUGUUUUUUUGUUAAGUGGAUUAUCUACUUCUGUUGUUAUUAUUUUGGUUUAUAAAUACUUGCCGGAGACAAAGGAUAAAACUGUACCAGAAAUACAUAGACUGAUAGUGGAAAAUGCAAUUGAACUUCCGGAAGAAAGUGCUGAGGAGAAGAUGUAUGUUUUUAAGGCAAUAAAUGACGGGGACGCACGAAACAGCUAUUUAGCUAUUGAAGGUGACUGUAUUGAGAAGCAGGAUGUCUAAGUAAUACGAAAUCAUUUUAUUGAUGCUAUGCUGACUAUUAUGGUCGAGUUAUCGUUGGAGUGACAUAUUUCGGAAGCUUUUAAUUAUUUUUGUUUGCCCAAUACAUAAUUAUUUUGCACUUUUAGUAAACAAUAAAAAUAACUU